UAGCCUAUGUGGCUAGCUACCUAUCGCAUGAAGAAAAUCAUAUUUCAUUUAAUUCACUGAAACAAAAAACGUCAAGCCAGAUUUGUCAUGUUGUGGACAGUACCUAGAUGCCGUAGUGUAGUUGCUAACAUCUUAAGCCCGAAAAAAAAGAGACUAAAUGUAAAUGUAAACUCCAACCAUUUAGCUAGAGAGCUAGCUGAUGCUAACUAGAAUUACGAGUUCGCCACACUCCAACUUACUAAACGUUUAGACUAGAUACGACGCGUGCUGUACUAACAAGACAGCUUGCCACGAACUGUAAACAAACGAAAUACGCUUUCUAGUAUUCUUUACCUUUCGCCGUUGUUGAUCAAAACGCCCCCGUUCUGAGAAUGAUUUCGAUUCAAAGCCAUGUUGCCAAACAGAGGUUUAGAUAGCUCUAGUGCAGAUGGCAGCUAAACCACCCCAACAACACCGAGUUGUUACGUCACACGAUCAGCUGUCUCGUGACUUGCAGGUAUUUGGUUUGGUAAUUCUGGACUGUCAACAAAAUGUCUAUGAGUAACUCCUGUGUUAUGUACCAAAGGAAUUUUUCAUGUUGUAUGAUGUUCGUUUUGUGUUUGAUUAUGCAUCUUCGCCUGUUAUGUUUAGUAAUAUAGUUCUGGAACCAUCUAGGUGAUAAUUACGUUAAUAUGUUAGGGUUAGUGUUAGACCUGUAAUGUUUUGUCAUUAAAAUGUGCGUCAAGAGGCGCACCUCAUGAGGGUAGAUAUGUGAGCCUUCAUGAAAAGAGCAAAUGGGUCAAAUAAAACUGUAAAUGACUUCGGACAUGUACCUGUUACGCUUUUACCUAUCAACAAGGAUUACAAAUCUCGUGCGACUUCAUAGGCUAGUACAUAGUCGCCUGAUGCCAGAUUGCGAAGACGCUACACAGCCAUUAAUUUAUGCUACAUAAUUAGCCUUUGUUAAUCAAUCGCUAAAAUCUCAGUUUAUUCAAACAAAAGAUGCACUCCAUUUCACAAAACGUGUAUUUUGUAAUAUUAGCAUUCUUAUCGCCAAACCUCACAUGCCAACCACCUGCUGACCCCAAACCCCCUGAACAAGGAGCCCGUCGUGUCCUGCCUCGAGUCACUUGUACAAGCCAACGAAUACAUGCAGUUUUUGGUCCACUGGUUGGUCCCAAUCUGUACAUCAUAGACAAGACUGGGAAACGCGUGCCAGUGCCUAAAACCAAAGAACACUGUGGGGUGCAGAGAGGCAGAUCAAAGAGUGAUGAUGUCUCAUUCUUCAGUAGAUAUGACAGCUGUUUCGUCCAGGUUGAGGAUGACAUGGUGAAGGUGUCCCUGGAAGUCCAGUUGAUUGCAGAGGAACAGUGGGACAAGGUCACCCUCAGCUGUCCUCUACUCCCUAAGAAGGGUCUGCCCUCCAGCACCCCUCCCCCGUCACCACUUAGGGAGUGUGACAUAGAGAGAGCCCUGCGAGUGGCCUGUGGACCCCAGGCUGUCUCUGCCGAUGCCUGUCUCAUAAUGGACUGUUGCUACGACGCUCAGGACUCGACCUGUUACUACAGGAUGAAUGCAUGCUCACAGGACAGCCAUUUUGUGUUCUGGGUGAGGGCGUCCGACUCAGACCCCCGUCUCAAUACCAGCAGCUUAGUGGUCAAGGACCAGCCUCAGUGCUUUCCUGUGGUGACCACAUCAGAUACAGCCGUCUUCAAGGUUGGCAUGACGGACUGUGGAACUAAGAUAAAGGUUGAGGGAGAUCUGAUUAUCUAUGAAGUGGAGGUGGAGGAACUGCUGACAGAUGCUUCUGACAGAGAUGCCCGCUUCAGUCUGCAGGUUCAGUGUCAGUACGAGGCAUCUCCUGUCCAGAAGCACAAAUAUCUGCAGUCCUUGAAUCCCACCAACCCUCCAGCGGUUACAGCUCUGGGGAUGGUCCAAGUCCAGAUGAGAAUCGCCACAGACGAGUCCUUCACCUCCUUCAUUCCUGGGGAGCAGCUGCCUCUGACUGUGCCCCUGCAGAAGCCUGUGCACGUGGAGGUGUCCAUCGACACCCCCUUCCCCAACCCCAACCUCUCCCUGCGUGUGCGGGACUGCUUCGCCUACCCAGCCUCCAGAUACUCCAUCUGGACUCUUCUCUAUGACGGGUGUCCCGAUCCCCAAGACGACAUGAAGAGCUCCGUCUUCGAGAGCCCAGUUGGGAACACCACCUCCCAGGUGCAGGUCCGGAGGUUCGACGUCCACACUUUCGCCUUCCUGGACCCUGAGACAGGUCAACUCAGUUCGGAGGAGGUACUAGUUGACAUGGAGGUUCAAUUUUUAGACGUCCAAUCUAAUCUUUCAUUUUUUAUGGUCUUACCGGUCCAUUAACCCUUCAAUAUAGCCAGUUGACUGAAACACAUUCAGUUUUGCAGACAGUUUGCUGUGUCCUUGUCAGUCCAGUUGUCACUGUUCACUUGGCUAUGGUUGCGUGUACUCUGUACUGGAUUUGCUGGAAUUCUAAAGUGCUUGAAGACUUUACAACAGAGGUCAAGUACAGAGAACUGGACUGUGUUGUUGACACCAUGCAGUUACACAAUCAGGCUUGGGCUUCUGCUACACUGGUCUGUUAAGUUUGUUCAUAUCCCUCAAAUCCAAUGCCUUAUCAUAUGUCCAUAUUUAUAAUUUACUGACUAAAUGUUUCAUGGUAUAGAUUCCCAUAUCCCUGUCUGAACAUUGUUCUUUUGUGUCUCCAGAUACUGUCUUCAUAUCUUUUCUCUCCAUUUAAUUCUCUUUCUUAAAUAUUUCUUCUUUAAUUUUGUCUCUGUCUUAACACCUUAACUAAACCGUAUCAACAACCUAAUUUCUCCUCUUUUUUGUCUUGGACUACUACCUCUGCUAACGUGGGAUCAGUCUGAAGUAGUACAAAGUG